AUGAGUAACAUCGUCAAGCUACCCUCAGAGGGUCUCACCCUCGAGGCAUUGUGGAGACCGAUAGGAGGCAUACUCUUUCAACCAGUCAUUCCCUCAAUUCUGCUACUUGCGAGCUUCCGGGAGCCACAACGCAUCAAGGAACUGCUCUCCCAAGCGUCCAGGAACACGAUCGAGCUUUCUGUUGUCAACCGAGCCCUCAAAAUCCUGAUCGCGAUCGGCGUACUCUACAGACUGAACAACUUCCUGAGCAGGCGGGCCCUAAACAACUUCACCCGCGAUUGUUCCUGGGACUGGCAGAAGGAGAUCGUCGUAGUGACAGGAGGCUGCUCCGGUAUAGGGGAGCUGAUGGUCCGCAAAUUCGCGAAGAGCAGCAUCAAAGUCGUCGCGCUCGAUCUCAACCCUCCGAAAACUCCAUUCCCGGCCAACACGUUCUUCCACAAAACCGACGUGACUUCCCCCUCCGUCAUCCGCGAAACGGCGCAACAAAUCCGUCAAGAAGUCGGCGAGCCGACCGUCCUGAUCAACAAUGCCGGAAUCGGACACGUCAAGCCCAUGCUGAACGAGACGGAGGAGCAGAUCAAACGCACCUUCGACGUCAACAUCAUGGCCCAUUUCUGGCUGAUCCGAGAAUUCUUGCCGUAUAUGGUGCAGCAGAACCAUGGCCACAUUGUCACGAUCGCAAGCCUGGCGAGCUUCAUGGCCCAUGCGUCAAAUGUCGACUAUGCUUGCACCAAAGCUGCCGCCCUCGCUUUUCACGAGGGGCUGGCGCAGGAGCUCAAACAUGUGUAUGGUGCGAAGAAGGUGCGGACGACAGUCGUACAUCCCACAUGGAUCCACACACCGCCAGUCGAUGAGUUGCUGCGCAGAAAGCCCAUCGACGGAUUCAAGCUGAACGCAAAUACUGUUGCAGACGCAGUCGUGGACCAGGUCCUCAAGGGCGAGAGUGCGCAGUUGAUCCUCCCAGAAAGGUACAGCUGGGUGUCUAGCAUCAGAGGCUUCCCGAGCUGGUUGCAGCAAGCCCUGAGAGACGUUCAGGGAGAUUUGUUGGUCGGCGCUGGGGCUUGA